CCGUAAUAGUUUCGUCAUCAGGAAGUAAAAGAAUUCACUUCAAUGACUAGUAGUUGAACGCGAAAAAGACGCAGAAAGUUAUUGAUGAUCCACCUUUUAGUUAAACAACAAAUACAACUUUGAAAGUUUCUUGAAAAGUUUUUAUUUUAGUAAAUUGAUCAAACGUUCUAACCAGCAGAAUAUCGGAAUUUUUAUUUAAACAUCAAAUUGAUUAAAAGAUAACAGUCCCUUGGCAUUUAAUAAAUGUGAUGUUCACAUCGAGCCGUAGGACUUGUACAAUUCAAAAAUAUUAAAAAAUAAAAGCCAAAUCAUCUUUAGAAACGCAAAUUUUUUAUUGUGAAGUAAAUUUUUCACGGUUUAUGGAAAAUGACAUCAUGCUGUAAUAUAUUUAUAAUAUAUUUGUUGUGGGUGUAAAGAGCAUCAAAUAUCAAUAAACAUCAGAGUAGAUCAAAUGAAUGGUGAAAGAAGAUAUAAAGUUACGAUUCACGCAGUCGAUCAUCCGCCAAGUCGUGGAGGCGAGGACAACAUUUUACAUCAUUUUCAUCAAGUGCAAAAAAAUGGACAAAAAAAAGUAGUCACAUCAAGAAUAACCGAUGAAACAAAUUCUAUGCACAGGAGUGAGGUCUCUUUUCAAAUCAACGACAUGACAGCAAAGGCAAGCGUUGUAAGUUAUUGUACUGCUAAAAGCAAGAGUCAUUUUAUUAGGAGUUAUGGAGAAUGCCUUGAUAAGACUUGCACAGAUAACAUGCAGGAAAGUCGCACGGAAUUUUAUGUGCGACCGAGUGAAUACAACACAUCAAGUGUGAUCAGCAAAUCUACUUCGUUAAAUAUUAAUAAGUUAACAAAAAGUAUUUCGGUGAAUCAAGAGCAUUUGCAAGACGAUGCGACUAAUGGCGAUUUUGUCAGCAAAUUUUCGAAUUUAGAGUCUCCUAAGACAGUCAAAUACAUUACUACGGAAACGAUAAAACCUAUUAUUUCUUCAUGCUCUGAUUGUGAGCUAAAAAACGCAGCAAAACAACGGCCAUUUAAUGAUUUUCGUCAUCGCCAUCUGCCGAAAUUUAAGUUGAAUUCAGAAAGUAUGAAUGAUACAAAGAGUGAAAUACCAAGGACCGCAAUAGGUAAAACUCUAUCAAAUGGCACUGAAGGCAACCCUGUAUCCAAUACUGAAACUUUCAGUCGAAAAAGAGAUGGAAAUAGACCACCAUUCACGAGAGAAGGUUCGGCGUGUAGUUCGGACAGUAUUAUUAUGGAAAUCGAAGGAUUAAGUGACGACGAGUGCGAAUUUAAAGGAUCUUCUACUAAAGAUGAAAAGGCAGAUUAUGAAAAGAAUGGACUGAAAGUAAACAAUUGGAAUAAGAUUAGAGGAAUGAUGUAUUGGACUCCAUUUGCUAAGAGUUAUAAGAAGAAAAUACCUUGGAUACAGCUUGCUGGACAUCAAGGGAAUUUCAAAGCUGGAGAAGCAGGGACAAUAUUAAAGAAAGCCAAUGAUAUUGAGAGAAAUUGUUUGUUGAAACUUAUGAAAGACAUUUUGAGGCCUUAUGUUCCAGAAUUUAAGGGAGAAGUUUCAAAAACUAAUGAAAGCUAUCUAAUACUACAAGAUCUUCUUUAUGGUUUUGAUUCACCAUCUGUGAUGGAUUGCAAAAUGGGUGUAAGGACAUUUUCCGAAGAUGAAUUAGAAAAAGCAAGAAAAAAGCCAACUUUAAGACAGGAUCUCUAUCAAAAAAUGAUGGAUAUUGAUCCCAAUGCACCAACAGAGGAAGAACAUGAACAUGGUGGUAUUACUAAACCCAGAUACAUGAAAUGGAGAGAAGAACUUAGCUCUUCUGCUACUCUAGGCUUUAGGAUUGAAGGAAUCAAGAAAGCCAAUGAUAUACCAAACAAGGAUUUCAAAACAACAUGUUCCAUGGAAGAUGUCAGUAGUAAAUUUCAAAAUUUUAUUGAUAACGACCAUAGCAUCAAGUUGAAAUACAUACAGAGACUAAAAGCUGUAAGAGCUGUUUUGGAAUCAUCAUCAUUUUUCAAAGUACACGAGGUAAUUGGCAGCUCACUGCUCUUCGUUCAUGACACACAAGGCAACGUCAAUGUUUGGAUGAUUGAUUUUGCAAAGACAACGAAGGUCGAGGAGGGUGUUGAACUCACUCAUCGUAGUAUGUGGAAAGAAGGCAACCAUGAGGAUGGUUAUCUUCUAGGUCUUGAUAAUUUAAUUAACAUCUGGUCUCAAGUCUAAGGUGUUGUUCAAUGAUUAAUGUGGAAUAUUGUAUUAAAUGCUGUAUUGAUUGAGUGGUGAUGCAAGUAUAGUACUUGAUUAUUAAAGCGAUAUCUUUCCUCAUUAAACGAUAUUAAUCAUCAGCACACUGAAAUCAUCGUGAUUGACAUGACGUGAGUACAAGGUUGAACGUCAGCAUUUUAUAAUGUUUCACUGUCUUGACUGAUUACUGGAUGAUAAAGAAUAAUAUAUAAAUAGACUGUUAUUUUGCAACCCCAUUCCAUUCAAGAUUCACAUUACACACAGUCACAUGCUACCCUUACGUCAGAACUUUUGCAACCGCUGGCCGGUGUGAUAGCAUUUAACAUUCUUUUGUAUGUAACAGUUAUUUAAUUCAUAAACUUAAUCAUAAGUAACUUAUAUAUUUUGUAAAUAGAAUAAUGAAGUAUGAAUGUAUGCUAUACACAUCAA